CUUUAGUCAAGUUUCGAUGUUCUUUCUCUAAGUCGCGAACCUAUCUUCACUUCCACCAUGGCGGCCCCCGGCUGCAACUUCUCCGGCCACCAAGAUAUGUACGGACUGGGCAUCCGUAUUGGAUUCUACUGUCUUUGGUUUGGAACAGUUCUCGCGUCUUGGGUUGCACGAGGAGAAUUUCGUCUCAUGAAACUUACCUACUUCUUUUUCGUCGGUGCCAUAUUCCUCGCCGUCAUCUUUCAAACCACGAAGAACACUCUUCUACCCGUAGAAACAUAUAUUGUUCUACUCCUGGCUUUCGGGGGUUACUUGAAUGUCGUACCGCUUUACCUCUGGAAGGGGUUCACUUGGUGUGAGCCGAGAAUGGACCCCAGCAGAUAUCCGCGAGCGAGCACAGGCAGAAUCUUCCAGCUGAUGAAUUUCACACUCAUGAUUGCGUUAUCUGUAUUUCAGUUAUGGUUCUGGAUUCGUCGAGUCAAUGCUGCUGCUUCCGAUGGCUGCGUUGAGUUUGGCUUCUUCUUUGCGCAGCUUCAGCUCAACGGAAAGGGAUUCGUGGUCGCAAACAUUUUGUUCCACUUCUCUUUAUUGUUCACCUGUAUUGGGGUUGUGGGCUUUAUUCUUGCGAAACAAUAUGGACUUUAUGAGGGUAGGAGGCACAAAAGGAUCGGCAAACGUCAGAAAUACUCCCUCCAACGACUCCAAGCAAUAUCCGAUACCAUCGUCGCCAGCGUACUCGUAACAGCGAUCGAACUCCUCAUCCGCUGGAACGGCAUACAAGGUGUUAACUCGGUCUCCACUUCCGGGCAGACAAUACCAAUGAUAGUCGGUAUUGGUCUGGUAGCGAGAGUUCUAUACAUCGGCAUAUCGGGAGAUGUAGACAAUUAUGAUGACGAUUGGAGUUCGAGUGGCUAUGGAAGCUAUUAUUCCGGGUCGAAGAGCUCGGGGCCCAGAUCGGAGGAUGGCGGAGGACCGGCUCCUGCUGCUUGGCCGGCUCCUGCUCCUCCACCUAUGGCACCUGCUUAUGGUGGGGGUUAUCCAAGGCCGCCACCUGGGGGUCCUCCUCCUCCUCCUCCCCCGCCACCUCCUGGACACUAGAGAAGCAGGUGAAGCUCACCCAAGUGAAUGCCAACUUGACUUUACGAUGAUGUUUGAAACCAUUUUGUUUCUUCAGUCGAAAAUGCCUCGGCUGAGUCCGAUCCUCUCUCUAAUUGAAGCUAUCAAUAUCAGAUGGAAUGCCUGAAACAACCUCAGGUAGAUCUGAAGUCUACCACCUCGCAGUAUUACACUGAAUGUAGUCCUUGGGCUAAAAGUUUUAUUGGGGAAAAAAAUAUAACGUUCUUCUUUGUUCCUUCGCUCCAGCCAAGCUGGCAUUUCUCCCACGCUCGUUUUUCUUGCGCGUCGUCAGCUCAGCUUCUUUCAACAACUUCAUCAAUCUUGUAGCAUAG